AUGGCAUCAUGCCUUUAUGAAUGCCUUUGUGAGGCAGAACUUGAAAAGUACUAUCCUCAUUUUGCUGCUUUCGGUCUGCAGAAGAUUGAUGAGCUUGCUAAAGUUUCCAUGAAAGAUUAUACCAAACUGGGUGUCCACGACAUGAAUGACCGCAAACGACUCUUUCAGCUCAUUAGAAUAAUCAAAAUUAUGCAAGAGGAAGACAUUGCAGACUUAAGCAAGCAAGAUUUUCAACCAAGUGGCCUUUUCAUUAAGCCUCAGGUGACCAGAUCAGGUCCUCGUAGGCAGCUACAUUUUGAAUCCUUCUUUGAAGAAAAUGAUGAAAUAGUGAAAGACUCUGAGUCUGAAUUGUAUGACUCACCAGAUUUCAGUGCCAAUGAAGAGAAGAACAGUGUAGGGGAAAUGCUGGGACAUGUCCAACUACACGAUUCAGAGCUGAUUGGUUUAACUAGAAGUGAUAUAAAUGCUCCUGGAAUAUGCACAAAAAGGGACCUGAGCUGUCCAACGGUUUCUGACGAUAUUGCUCCUCUUCUGGGGGAUGCGGAAGCUCCUAUCAUUCAACGAAUCACUCAUAUUUCAGGGUAUAAUUAUGGACUACCUCAUUCCUGUAUCAGAUCCAGUACUUCUGAGAAAGAGAGUCCAUGGACAGAGAGUGAAAAAAUCAGAGUGUGUGUCCGAAAACGUCCCCUGUGCCAGAGAGAAGAGCGGCGUGGAGAGGUUAAUAUCAUCACAGUGAAAGACAAAGAAACCCUACUGCUUCAUGAGAAGAAGGAAGCAGUUGAUCUCACCCAGUAUAUUUUACAGCAUGUUUUUUAUUUUGAUGAAGUCUUUGGGGAUUCAUGUACCAAUCAAGAUGUGUAUAUGAAGACAGCUCAUCCUCUCAUUCAGCAUAUUCUUAACGGAGGCAAUGCCACCUGCUUUGCAUAUGGGCAGACUGGUGCUGGCAAGACUUACACGAUGAUAGGUACUCAGCGGAACCCAGGACUCUACGCCUUGGCUGCCAAGGACAUCUUUAGACACCUGGAAGCAUCACAGUCAAGGAAAGAUCUCCUUGUUUUGAUCAGCUUUUAUGAGAUCUACUGUGGACAGCUUUAUGACCUGCUGAAUGGAAGGAAGAGACUUUUUGCAAGAGAAGACAGCAAGCAUGUCGUUCAAAUAGUUGGACUGCGGGAGGUUCAAGUGGACUCUGUAGAUCUACUGUUGGAGAUGAUUUUGAAGGGUGGAAAAGAACGCAGCACAGGAGCUACUGGAGUCAACUCGGAUUCCUCUCGAUCUCACGCGAUCAUCCAAAUCCAAAUUAAAGACACGGCCAACCGGACAUCUGGGAGGAUAUCUUUCAUCGACUUGGCAGGCAGUGAAAGGGCAGCUGAUGCCAGAGACUCAGAUCGACAAACAAAAAUGGAAGGAGCAGAAAUAAACCAAAGUCUUCUAGCUCUAAAGGAAUGCAUCCGGGCACUGGAUCAGGAGCACGCACACACUCCUUUCCGGCAAAGCAAAUUAACCCAGGUGCUAAAGGAUUCUUUCAUUGGCAAUUCCAAGACCUGUAUGAUAGCCAAUGUGUCACCUAGCCAUGUUGCCACAGAGCAUACCCUGAACACUUUACGUUAUGCUGACAGGGUCAAAGAGCUGAAGAAAGGGAUUAAAUGUUCUACCCCUGACACAAACAGGCGUCGGACAGCUGGAAACAUAUCUCCAAAACGUGUCCAAAACUCUCUCUCUUUGCCACCUGGGGAAAAGAGCUCUCCAAAGAAAGUGAAGCUAGGCCUCCAGCAUCCCUCAAAUGCUAUGAAAGUGAAGGCAUGUCCUGCAGCACUCCAGCCACCAAGUGUCCCUUUUACCUCCACCCCCAAGGCAAUCAGCAAGGGACAUGCCCACAAAGGAAAUGCCAGCUCACCGUGGUCCCACCACCCUUCCACAGUUAAGGGAGUCCUGCGGGUAGCACACCACCCGAGGAAGAAAACUGACGAUCUGUCUCCCCACUCUGAAAAGAGCCCCACCACAAAGGAUUUCAUCAUCAAAAAUGCUGCCACGGCAGAAGCAAAGGAGAGCGGCCAGAGAGACAAAUACAUGCAAAACAGACCACCAGUCCAGUGUCUGAAAGUCCAGACAGUGCAGCCUGUUCAGAAGCAGCUUGUUUCUAGAGAUGAUUUUUCCUUUGGAGGCAGAAAUCUGCCUUCUGACGGCAGACAGGAAUGGGGAGACACCUUUGUUAAACCAUGUGUUGAAUCCUGGACAAAUCUUCCUCCUUUUCAGAAGGAAAGGGAAGAGCAUUUACGUCUUUAUCACCAGCAGUUUCAGCAGCCACCUAUUCUACAGCAGACAUUGAACUAUCAGCCCCUCGAGAGGUUUUUAACGCAAUACAACCCCCAGGAGAUUCAUGUGAAGCAGGAGCUGAGCCUUGCUCCCACAGAAGUACAGAGCAAAGAGGGGAUGCAGCUGGAAGAGCUAGAUGACAGUGAUUUCAGUGAAGAUUCUUUCUCACCCAUCUGUAGUCAAAAGAGGGUGAAAAGAAGAAACACCAACAAAUGCAGUCAGCAUUCAUUUUUCCUUCAUCAAAGAGAACAGGGAACGGAAGAAAAGGGAAAAGGCCAAAAGCGACAGGAUUUGUUUUUCACGUAUGCAAUACCCAUGCAAGAACAUGAGCUAGAUGACAGCUGGGGCAGUAGUGAGGGCAGCCCAGAGACAGUGGAGUCCAUUAAAAAUGCGAGCUGCAGCAAAGCUCCAUCAGACUGGAGCUACGACUUACUUACUGAGUCCUCUCCAAGCAACGCUGCAGAAAAACCUUACUGCCUGCAGGAAGAUCCUGCUUGUGACUGGAACAAUGGCAAAGAUUUCUUAGCUGAUCACAAACAGUACCAAUCUAAACACAGGUGUCUCGUUUACUCCGGGGAGGGCACCUUGACUCCAGAAAAGGGUGCUUCAAAUUCAUAUGCCUCGCCUGUACUGAAAUCAGGCACUGCAGAGCGCAAAGACAUUGACCACCAGCAGGAAGAGAAUGAAGAAUCCACUUUGGAUAGAGAGGCUGUGGUUGCAGGACAUGUAAAGUGGAAAGCUCAGAAAAAUGGAGUUACUCAUUGUGGACCUUCAGAACUCACUUCUGAGCCAAUGGCCUCUUGCAGGGGAUCUCUUCCUGACUGCAAGGAAACAACUGAUGCAGAGAAAGCGUUGUCUAAGCCAGAGCAGUCCCCCUGCAUGGGGCAGGUGCCGGCCACGAAGCCAGCCAUGUCCCAGGACAGGUGUGAGGAGGAAGGCUGGCUGUGCACGAGGAGCAGGGCACUGACAGACAGCGUGCUGGAGCUGGGCCCACAGCCGCGCCGCAGUGGCAGGCGCUGUGCUGCGCAGAGCUGUGCCGCGUGCUGCCGCCCGCGCUGCCCCGCACAGCCCCGCCGCAGCCCCCCGCCAGAAGCACCUGCAGCUGAACCCGCAGGCCUCGCGGGAGACAGAGAAGGGGGCUUGUGUCCCAGUGACUCGGCGUGCCAAGAACACCCAGGCGGCAGUCAGUGUGAUUCUGAUGUUAAAGGCAAUACCAGUAACGCAGGAAAAUCAGACUCCAAUCAAGGACCCAGUGCUGAGCUCAGGGCCCAGGAAAUAAAUGCUGAGAUGCCUGAAAAGAGCUGUUUUUCAGGUGCAUCUUGCUUUCUCAGUGUGGGACAUACAGAUUACACAGUCCUGUCUCCCUCUCAGGAAAGCAGCCUGCUGUUGGCCCCCAAGUCAGGACUGAGGAAUGAGGACUUCAGUCAUCCUGAAGACCCAGCCAUGUUGUCGUUCAGCAACAAAGAAAGGGGGUUGCUAAAACCCAAGUUAAUGCAGAGUAUUUUUACACUAGAGACCUUUGCUGCAGAUUUGGGAUUCGUAACCAAAGAUAAUACACUGUUAGGAAAUGCAAAGAGCCCCUCAGGCAUGUCCAGCAGCAGCUCUCCGAGUGCUACAUCAGAGAUGGGAAAGUGGCAGAGGGAAGCCCUGGAAAAGGCACAACAGGCUGUCAUUCGGGCUCACCGGCAGCAGCUGGAUGAAAUGGCCUCCCUGUGCUUCAAGGAAGAGUGCUUGGUAAACCAGAUGUCAGCAACAGAUUUUCAGAACUUUGUGACCAAGCUGGACGAAGUCCUGGUAAUGAAGCUUAAGUGUAUCCAAACAAUGCGAGCCCAGCUUCAGCUCUGUUUAGCCUCUCCUGGCAUAGAUGUGUCCCUGCAAACACCUCCACCAGUUUAGACCCUCUUUGUUUACACCCAUGCAGGA